GUCCACGGAUUACGGUACAUACCUUUGCGCCGCGCAAUCCGGUUGUCACACCUUUACGGUAAAUGUGUUGUGUUCUGUUUGGACUGUAGUCAGCGUGGCGUUCUGCGAGAGACAUACUGCCUUGGAUCUGUAAACUAUUGGAAGGAAAGUUCUUUGUCUACAAGGAGUCAUAGGUCAUAACCGCCCCCCUAUCAGCCAUGAGCAGCAAACCCCAACCCCCUCUGAUGAAGAAGCACAGCCAGACAGAUCUGGUGAGCCGGCUGAAGACCAGGAAGAUACUGGGCGUCGGAGGAGAGGACGAUGACGGAGAGAUACACAGGUCGAAGAUCAGUCAGAUGCUCGGAAAUCAGAUGAGGUUUGGCGUACGAGAGCCAAUAGGCCUCAGGAUAUGGAUUCUCAUGUCUGCUGUUCUGUUCACAACCAUAGCCUUAAUAGCUCUAGUGUUCCCAGAGCACUACUCAGAGGGCUUUAAGUCAGUAGUGUUUGAACUCAGGACCACCAGGAUCUCCAUCAGACUCUAUGGAGGAGCCCUACUCAGUGUCUCAUUGAUCAUGUGGAAAGGUCUGUACACAGCAGAGAAGGCCAUUAUCCAGUGGACCCUGCUGACGGAGGCCUGCCUCUUGUCUGUCCAGUUCCUGGUGACCUGCAUCACCCUGGUGGACCUGGGUCUGAUGUCAAACUCUGCCAUCCUCCUCCUCCUCAGUGAAGUCCUCUUCCUCAUCAUCACACUCCUCUACUACUACCACCUGGGUCGCAGGACCAAGAAGACCCAGAACCAUACCCAUAGUUCUGAUUAGACCCAGAACCAUACCCAUAGUUCUGAUUAGACCCAGAACCAUAGAUCUAGUUCUGAUUAGACCCAGAACCAUACACAUAGUUCUGAUUAGACCCAGAACCAUAGACAUAGCUCUGAUUAGACCCAGAACCAUAGACAUAGCUCUGAUUAGACUCAGAACCAUAGAUCUAGCAGCUCUGAUUAGACCCAGAACCAUAGAUACAGCUCUGAUUAGACCCAGAACCAUAGAUAUAGCUCUGAUUAGACCCAGAACCAUAGAUCUAGCUCUGAUUAGACCCAGAACCAUAGAUAUAGCU